ACCGACACAGGACCGGUGACAUAGCGGAUCAGGGGGAGUUACAAGAUAAACCAACAUGUGCACUAAAUGUGUAAUAGAUGGUUGUCUUUCUUAAGACUGCCGGUCUGAAGGGUCAGGGAUGUAGGAUAUUGUUUAAGUAGAAAGCCACGUCAGAGGAGAUUUCCACGUCAUCUGAAGAGGUCAGAACUAUAGAGGAUGGGGUGUGGUUCAAGUAGCGAUGCAAAUGAUGUUACCAAAAGCACGGACAGUGGCAAGAACAACGGCAAGGACAACCUGGUGGAACCUCAGACAGAUCCGGCUGAUUUUCCUUACAUUCCUGAUGGGUAUCCUCCACCAAAUCCAUCCCGUACAAAGAAGGCCAAGCUUUUUGACGAAUCCAAGUACACCCACAUUGAGGAACGAGCAGUGAAUGCACCUGACACAGCUGGCAACAGUUUCACGGAAUUAUUUGAGUAUCUAUUCAAUGGGUUGAAUAUAGAACUUGAGAAAGUCAGGGCUAUAUUCUGUUGGAUCGGACACAAAAACCAGACACCAUGCAAAGGGGGACCAGACGAUUCUCCAAAUGCGAUUCUGCAGCAAGUCCAGAAUAAAAACAUGUCGUUUGCCUAUAUUUUCGCCAGAUUAUGCAGAGAAGCAGAUAUUCCCUGCGUGAUUAUCAGGGGUGUAGCUAAGAGUGCUGGGUACGAGGUAGGGGAUGACGAGUCCAAAGUAAGAGAACUAAAUAAUCGUUGGGCUGGAGUGUCUGUGGCGGGUGAGUGGAGAAUUGUUUUCCCACUUUGGGCUUUCUCCGCUAUUGCUGGACAUAGUACUGGAAAAUAUACUCUCGUCGAAUCAAAAGGAAAAGCAGCUCGAGAGAAGGAAAAGAGGUCGACAGGAGAGAAUAUUGUUCAGCUAAAUGAAUAUUAUUUCCUGACUGACCCUGAAGAUUUUGUGAAUGUCGCUAUGGCUACCGAUCCAAGAUGGCAGUUCAUUGGAAAGCAAUUCAAUCUGGAACAAUUCUGUAAUAUUCCGUUUCUCCGCCAGAGCUACUUUAAUCGUAAUGUGGAAAUAACUUCGGGAUUUAAAUCAUGUUUGCAUUCUGAAUACGGCGUGGUGAAGGUUGGAUUCAAAGCAAGAAAUGAGAAAUGGGAAGGUUUCUUGACAUACAAAUUAUACUUUAAUGACGAAGAAUCCGAAUCAGUCUUGCCAACAGAUUUGCAGCUGGACAGGUAUGUUGUAAUGGAGCGGAAUUUUGAAAAAUGGACAUUUAAUGUUAGAUGCCCUGUCACCGGAGUGUACAAAUUGAGUAUUAAUUCCAAAUCAAGCACAUCAAAUGAUAUAUCGCUUUGCGACUUCAAAAUGUUCUGCGAUGAAGUGACGGAGGGUGGUACCAAAGCUCUUCCUUUGGAUGUCGGUACAAUUGGCUGGGGUCCCAGUAAUGAAAUGGUGAAGGCGGGGCUAACAACACCAUCACAAAGUAAAGGAAUCGUCAAGGCCACGGCCAAAAAGAAAGUAAACUUCAGUUUUACUUGUACGAAAACAGUUUCCAUAAGGACAGUCCUUGUUCACAACGAAACAUCCUCAGAGGAACUUCAGUCAUAUGUGUCUCAUAAACAUGACAAAAGUUCCAACAAGUUGAAUGUAUCAGUGUGUGUGCCCGAUGAAGGGGAGUAUGCACUGCAGAUACUCACCAAAGACAAAAACACGAACAAAGAACUGAACGCAUGUAACUACAUUAUCUCUACUGAACCGACACCACAACAAAAGAAGAAGAAAAAAAAGAAGCGGGAGAACGUGACUGAAAGGAAGGCAAGAGAUGAUUUGAAGAAGGCAUCGACUGGAAACGAUUUGGAAAUGUUAUCAAUAUUUAUAGUUAAGUUCCAGAGGAUGGGUUUGGAUGAUAAGGGUGAUUUAGAAAUUGCUCUUAAAAGACAAAACUUUCUUGUGUUAGAGAAAGGUCUGAACGAAGCAAUUAUGAGGCGUUAUAUUGACGUUCUCGAUACUGCAAUUGGAAACGCAGAGAAGUCAAAGUUCAAGUCUCAGCUUGCACCAAAGAUCAAAGAGGCGGAUCAGGUGAGGAAGGAUCUGAACAAACUGAACAGAUUUGCACACGACAUACUGGCAAUGCAGCAACCCACGGUGUCUGAGCUCCACCGCUACAAGAUACCAAAACCCCCGAUAGUGGACGUGAUGGUGGCUACCUUCACACUACUUGGAGAAUCAAAAGAUAACCUAAAGGUUUGGAAGGGCAUACAGACCUUGUUGAGGAAACUCGGUCUUAAAUCCGUAAUAAGUCGUGUCCGGCAGUUUCCUGAAAAACAAGCUCAGUAUGUUGAUGAGAGUACCGCGAUGGAAGUCCAGGACAUGAUCCGGGUAUAUGACGAGGACACAGUCCGGCUUUGUAGUCCUGCUGCUGGAACCUUUUACGUCUGGAAUGUGACUGAAAGGAAGGCAAGAGAUGACUUAAAAAACGCAUCGACUGGAAACGAUUUGGAAAUAUUAUCGAUAUCUAUAGCUAGGUUCCAGAGAAUGGGCUUGGAUGAUAAGGGUGAUUUAAAAGUCGCUCUAAAAAGACAAAACUUUCUUGUGUUAGAGAAAGGUCUGAACAAAGCCAUUACGAGGCGUCACAUUGACGAUCUUGAUACUGCAAUUCGCAAAGCUGAGAAGUCGAAGAUCAAGUCUCAGCUUGCACCAAAGAUCAAAGAGGCGGAUCAGGUUAGGAAGGAACUGAUCAAACUGAACAGAUUUGCACACGACAUACUGGCAAUGCAGCAACUCACGGUGUCUGAGCUCCACCGCUACAGGAAACCAGAACGCCCGACAGUGGACGUGAUGGUCGCUACCUUCACACUACUUGGAGAAUCAAAAGAUAAGAUAGAGCAGUUUCCUGAAAAGCAAGCCCAUAAUGUGGAUGAGAGUACCGCAAAGGAGGUCCAGAACAUGAUCCGGGUAUAUGACAAGGACACCGUCCGGCUUUGUAGUCCUGCUGCUGGAACCUUCUACGUCUGGGUUAACAACAUUGUAACGGAUAUCAUCGGGAAAGGCAGUUCAAGGAAAGAGGGAACAGAGACAAUGGACUGUAGCCAGUGCAGGAAAAAACGUCGGGGUCGGCUGUGCUUCCUUUGUACUUAA